ACCAUGGAAUUCAUGAGGGGCACUGACAAUAUUGAACUUACCUGGCCAGAGAGAAGUCCACGAGGAGAAGACGAGGAGCAGGGCUGUGUGCCUCGCUCGUCGAGCACUGCAGAGCUGCCGGAGUGGAGUCACUGAUAAUCACUGAGUCGAUCGAAGUUUCGGAGGGUCCUUCCGCGAGAUUUGAUCUGUCGUGCACGGCCGUGCAGGCUUCGGAGUGAGUCACAGCGCUCGGUGUUCGCUUUCCGCUUUUCCCCACCGGAGAAGAUCGAUCGAUCGAUCAUCCGAUCGAUGUGUGCGCGCAGGUGGUAGAUUUCUUCAGAAUCAGCGCCGACUGGAUCCACUCUACUUUAUCUCUCAGGACUGCGGCAUUGGGACGGCGAAGAAAGCAAAGCUGAUUGAGUCGAUUGAAUUGAGCUGAAGAUGGUGAGAAGACGCGUGGUGUUAAAACUCACAGGUUUUGUGAAGAGGAAGGAAGGCAUGAGCUUCGAGGAGUUCGACCACCACUGGACCAACAAUCAUGGGCCGCUUCUGGCCAGCCUUCCUAUAUUCAAGGAAAAGCUGAUCAAGUACUCUCAGAUCCACGUGAGACAAACCGACAUGAACUCGUCACUCUCGAAAGGAUUACCGAUGAUGAUGGGUUACGACGGGAUUAUGGAAGCCUACGCGGAGAAGAUGGAAGAUUUUGUGGCUCUCUUUGAGAGCGAGGAGUACAAGUCCCUCGUCAUACCGGAUGAGGAACGCUUUGUGGACAGAAGUCAGUUCAAGAUGUUCAUUGGAUACGAGGAAAUCCACUGGGAUCGAGACGACGACAAGAGCUUCUCGUCGUAGAUGUGCACUUCCCCUUCUUGUAUGUAGAUAAAUCGAGAUGUCACAUGUCUCGAGUAGCCCCGUACCCUCCUCGCAGUACUCAACCUGUCAGGUGCAUUGUAUUCACAGCAGUUAAGAUUUUGGGUAUAAAAUGUCCGAUUAAUUCACUUGCUUUGUCUUCAGAUGAUCAUUCGCCAUCUACAAAUGCCAAUCAGGACAAUUAGGAAUGGUGUCGGUGAUGGCGGUCUAAUUCUUUUUUUAUGUAAAAGCGUUUCACCGAAAGGUAUGAGAUGUUGCAUAAUCCAAAGUAAAUAUUUUAAGCAGGUCCAAAUUUUGUUUCUCU